GUGUGUCCUAUGACUACAAAACAGCACUGGGGUUGCUGGAAGCUGAAGUGACCCGGUGAUGGGUGGGAAACAGAGGUCCAGAGCAAAGGCCUUUGCCCAAGGUCAGGAGAAGGAUGCUGGGACCUGGAGUCAGGUGUGUUCCUUAUUCCCUACGUCCUGAUCGCCCUGGUCGGAGGAAUCCCCAUUUUCUUCUUGGAGAUCUCGCUGGGCCAGUUCAUGAAGGCCGGCAGCAUCAAUGUCUGGAACAUCUGUCCGCUGUUCAAAGGCCUGGGCUACGCGUCCAUGGUGAUCGUCUUCUACUGCAACACCUACUACAUCAUGGUGCUGGCCUGGGGCUUCUAUUACCUGGUCAAGUCCUUCACCACCACGCUGCCCUGGGCCACAUGUGGCCACACCUGGAACACUCCCGACUGCGUGGAGAUCUUCCGCCAUGAAGACUGUGCCAAUGCCAGCCUGGCCAACCUCACCUGUGACCAGCUUGCUGACCGCCGGUCCCCUGUCAUUGAGUUCUGGGAGAACAAAGUCUUGAGGCUGUCUGGGGGACUGGAGGUGCCAGGGGCCCUCAACUGGGAGGUGACCCUUUGUCUGCUGGCCUGCUGGGUGCUGGUCUACUUCUGUGUCUGGAAGGGGGUCAAAUCCACGGGAAAGAUCGUGUACUUCACUGCUACAUUCCCCUACGUGGUCCUGGUCGUGCUGCUGGUGCGUGGAGUGCUGCUGCCUGGCGCCCUGGACGGCAUCAUUUACUAUCUGAAGCCUGACUGGUCAAAGCUGGGGUCCCCUCAGGUGUGGAUAGAUGCGGGGACCCAGAUUUUCUUUUCUUACGCCAUUGGCCUGGGGGCCCUCACAGCCCUGGGCAGCUACAACCGCUUCAACAACAACUGCUACAAGGACGCCAUCAUCCUGGCUCUCAUCAACAGCGGGACCAGCUUCUUUGCUGGCUUUGUGGUCUUCUCCAUCCUGGGCUUCAUGGCUGCAGAGCAGGGUGUGCACAUCUCCAAGGUGGCAGAGUCAGGGCCGGGCCUGGCCUUCAUCGCCUACCCGCGGGCUGUCACACUGAUGCCAGUGGCCCCACUCUGGGCUGCCCUGUUCUUCUUCAUGCUGUUGCUGCUUGGUCUCGACAGCCAGUUUGUAGGUGUGGAAGGCUUCAUCACCGGCCUCCUCGACCUCCUCCCGGCCUCCUACUACUUCCGUUUCCAAAGGGAGAUCUCUGUGGCCCUCUGUUGUGCCCUCUGCUUUGUCAUCGAUCUCUCCAUGGUGACUGAUGGCGGGAUGUACGUCUUCCAGCUGUUUGACUACUACUCGGCCAGUGGCACCACCCUGCUCUGGCAGGCAUUUUGGGAGUGCGUGGUGGUGGCCUGGGUGUAUGGAGCGGACCGCUUCAUGGACGACAUUGCCUGUAUGAUCGGGUACCGACCUUGCCCCUGGAUGAAAUGGUGCUGGUCCUUCUUCACCCCGCUGGUCUGCAUGGGCAUCUUCAUCUUCAACGUUGUGUACUACGAGCCGCUGGUCUACAACAACACCUACGUGUACCCGUGGUGGGGCGAGGCCAUGGGCUGGGCCUUCGCGCUGUCCUCCAUGCUGUGUGUGCCGCUGCACCUCCUGGGCUGCCUCCUCAGGGCCAAGGGCACCAUGGCCGAGCGCUGGCAGCACCUGACCCAGCCCAUCUGGGGCCUCCACCACUUGGAGUACCGAGCUCAGGAUGCGGAUGUCAGGGGCCUGACCACCCUGACCCCAGUGUCCGAGAGCAGCAAGGUCGUCGUGGUGGAGAGUGUCAUGUGACAGCCCAGCUCACAUCACCAGCUCACCUCUGGUAGCCAUAGCAGCCCCUGCUUCAGCCCCACCCACCCCAUCCCUCCAGGGGGCCUGCCUUUCCCUGACACUUUUGGGGUCUGCCUGGGGGAGGAGGGGAGAAAGCACCAUGAGUGCUCACUAAAACAACUUUUUCCAUUUUUAAUAAAACGCCAAAAAUAUCACAGCCCACCAAAAAUAGAUGCCUCUCCCCCUCCAGCCCUAGCCAAGCUGGUCCUAGGCCCUGCCUAGUGCCCCACCCCCAACCCACAGUGCUGCACUUCUCCUGCCCCUGCCAUGGCCACCCCCUGCCCACCUCUCCAGCCUCUGCUCUGCAGCACACCCUUGGGUGACCCCUCACCCCAGAAGCAGCAGUGGCAGCUUGGGAAAUGUGAGGAAGGGAAGGAGGGAGAGAUGGGAGGCAGGAGAGAGAGGAGAAGGGAGGCAAGGGAGGGGCAGCAGAACCAAGGCAAAUAUUUCAGCUGGGCUACACCCCUCUCCCCAUCCCUGUUAUAGAAGCUUAGAGAGCCAGCCAGCAAUGGAACCUUCUGGUUCCUGCGCCAAUCGCCACCAAUAUCAAUUGUGUGAGCUUGGGUGCGAGUGCACGCGUGCGUGACUACGUAGAGUAUAUAUAGAUCUCUAUCUCUUAGCAAAGGUGAAUACCAGAUGUAAAUGGUGCCUCUGGGCAAUGGAGGCUUGUAUUUUGCACAUUUUAUAAAAACUUGAGAGAAUGAGAUUUCUGCUUGUAUAUUUCUAAAGAGGAAGGAGCCCAAACCAUCCUCUCCUUACCACUCCCAUCCCUGUGAGCCCCACCUUACCCCUCUGCCCCUAGCCAAGGAGUGUGAAUUUAUAGAUCUAACUUUCAUAGGCAAAACAAAAGCUUUGAGCUGUUGCGUGUGUAAGUCUGUUGUGUGGAUGUGCGUGUGUAGUCCCCAGCCCCAGACUGGAUUGGAAAAGUGCAUGGUGGGGGUCUUGGGGCUGUCCCCACGCUGUCCCUUUGCCCACAAGUCUGUGGGGCAAGAGACUGCAGUUCUCCGUCCUGGGUGUCUGGGCUGCUCACCUGGCCUGUUCAGGCUUCCCACCCCAUGCCCUGGGCUGGGCAUGCCCCCCGGAAGGGACCCCGGACACGGCUCCCACGUCCAGGCUUAAGGUGGAUGCACUUCCCGCACCUCCAGUCUUCUGUGUAGCAGCUUUAACCCACGUACGUCUGUCACAUCCAGUCCCAAGACGGCUGAGUGACCCAAGAAAAGCUUCCCCGACACCCAGACAGAGGCUGGAGGGCUGGGGCUGGGUGAGGGUGGCGGGCCUGCAGGGACAUUCUUACUGUGCUAAAAAGCCACUGCAAACAUAGCAAUAAAAACAUGUCAUUUUCCAAAGCAGG